CUUCGUGCACUUGUUUCCUGAUCUGAAGGAGAGGAGACAGACCAGGGCUGUAACAGUAGGGGGGGGAGAGGAGCAUCAUGGCCAUGGCUUACCAACAGAAGCUAGCGGAGAAGCUCACCAUCCUCAACGACAGAGGGACAGGGGUGCUGCUGCGUAUGAACUACAUUAAGAAGACAUGCUUGGAUCCCAAGCUUCGGCCACAAUACCUGACAGACAAGACCAUGGAAGCAUCUGUCAAAUACAUCAACAAGAAGUUCCCCAACAUCGACUUCAGGGGAAAUAGUCAGCAGUAUCUGGUAGGCAUCCAGAAACACAAGUCUGAGGUGAUGGCGGCCAUGUCCAGCUACUAUGACUCCUUCAUAGACGUUAUGGAGUUCAGGGAUCAUGUUUAUGAACUGCUGAAUACAAUUGAUGCCUGCCAGUGCUUCUUCAACAUUGCGGUGAACUUUGACUUCACCAAGAACUACCUGGAGCUGAUCAUCACAUAUAUAUCUGUCAUCGUCAUGCUUUCACGCGUCGAAGACAAGAAGGUCCUGGUGGGCAUGUACAACUGUGCUCACGAGAUGUCCAAUGGCAGCAGUGACCCUGCAUACCCGCGCCUGGCUCAGAUGUUUAUGGAGUAUGAACAGCCCAUUAAGAAACUGACUGAGGAAUUCGGCCCUCACACUAAGGGUGUGACGGAGGCCCUCCUGUCCCUACAGAUGUUGUAUCCCAGGAGGAACCUUCCUGCAGAACAGUGGCGCAGCGCUCAGCUCCUCAGUCUCCUCAGCGCACCUGCCUCCAUGCUGGACCCUGCCUGCUGCGACACCAUGGCCUGUGAGUACUUGUCCUUAGAGGUGAUGGAGCGAUGGAUCCUUCUGGGUUACCUGCUGUGUCAUAGCAGUCUGAACACCAACCAGUCAUCUCAGGAGCUGUGGAAGAUGGCCCUCCGCAGCGGCCUCUAUCUCACCAUCAUCAGGGAUGAGACAAUCAACAUCCAUAAGAUCACAGAGGACUACUUCGAUGGCCUGAAAGGGUACAGUAAGCGCAUCGCCGAUAUCAAAGAAUGUCGUGAGCAUGUUAUAGUCAACAGUGGAGCCAUGCACAGAGAGAGGAGAGGUUUCCUGAGGAACGCCUUGAAGGAGCUGGUCAAGGUCCUGGAGGAUGAACCUGGACUUCUGGGACCCAAGGUGUUGUUUGUCUUCAUGGCUCUGUCGUUUUCCCGUGACGAGGUCCUGUGGCUCGUCAGAUAUUCAGAGAAUAUUCCCAAGACCAAGACUCCAGAGGACUACGUAGACUCGCAGAUGGCUGAACUCCUGUUCUACAUGGAGAGGUUGAGGACCCUGAUGACUAAGUACAGCCGUGUGGUGCAACGCUACCAUGUCCAGUACCUGGCCCAGUUUGAUGCCCUGCUCCUCAAUGACACCAUGCAGAAUAUGUAUGUCUGUCCAGAAGAGGAAUCAGUCCUGAUGACAUCAUUUGUCUCAACCCUGUCUGCACUGACUAUCAAGCAAGUGGAAAACGGAGAGGAGUUUGACUUCAGGGCUCUGAGAUUGGACUGGUUAAGAUUACAGGCCUACACCAGUGUGUCCAAGGCCCCACUCUCCCUCAAGGAAUACCCAGACCUGGCUAAAGUGAUGAACAUGACCCAAUUCCACACCAAGAUGUUGGACAACGUGCAGGAGAUGCUUCACGAAACCUCAGAUCUCUCCAUUCUCUGCUUCUACCCGCGGGUGUUUGAGAAGAUGUUCUCUCAGAGCAGCGAGGAGGUUUCUAUGCAGCGCUACCUCAUGUCUUUCCCUCUGGCCUGCUCCCACUUCAACCAGACUGUCCAUCCGCUCUGUCCAGAAGAGACGGAGGCUGUUGAGAAGAGGAGUCUGCGUCUGUGUGUGACCUUCCUGGAGGAGAUUGCCAAACAGACCAGCUCUGUCAUCUUAGAGAUCUGUAGCGAACAGUGCAACCUCAAUGACCAGCUGUUGCCCAAACACUGUGGCCAGACCAUAAGUGCAGCUCGCAACAAGAAGCAGAAGAAACAGACGCUGAAAAAAGGAGACGUGCAGAGAGAGAAACCUGGAACAGAGAGCCAGAGGAAGGACCGUGCCAUCGUCACCAAUAUGGACAAGCUGCAUCUGACUCUGACUGAGCUGUGCUCCUCAUUCAGUGGGAGCAGUGACUUCACGGUGUUCAACCACAUCGUCACUCCUGCAGAGUUCCUCACAUCUCACUUGGAGACACGCCUCACCAAGAUCAUCGUGAGAAUGGCCCAUUACAACCAGACCACCCAGGAAAUAGGACGUCCGUCUGACCUCCUGGCCGGGAUUCGGGCCUACACAGCCAGCCUGCACACCCUGUCACGCUACCUCAGUCUGGACGUCACUAGGCUGGUCAAGAAUGUCCUACUGCAGCAGACGCAGCCACUGGACUCAUACGGAGGACAGACCAUCACCACGCUCUAUACCAACUGGUACCUAGAGGGCCUUCUGCGUCAGGCCAGCAGCAACCUGAUCGUUCACUGCCCUGC